GAAAAAUUGAUGAGGAAUUUACGUACUCUCGCUGUUACCCUCCCCUUCACGGAGUGUGCGUUUCCCCCCCCCGGCGGAAAUAUGGAGAAACGCAUCCUUCCGGUCGAAAAUUGGAUCUCUCCAAGUACGCUUUUUACUACACAUACACUCACCACUGGCGUCCGCUUGAGCUAUACAGUUUCCCUCAAG